CAGAUUACCGGUAAACAGUUAGUAAACACCAUUACAAAGGUUGGAAAUAUUUGGUCAUAAAAUAUUUUUGGUUCCUAAAGUCACUAACGAAACAUAAAAGAGAAAUGCCUGCCUGGCUGCCGCUUGAAUCUAAUCCAGAUGUACUUACGAAGUAUAUUCACAAAUUGGGGGUGUCUAAUGAGUGGUCAAUCACUGAUGUUGUCAGCUUAGAACCGGAGAUGCUUGAAUGGAUACCCCAACCAGUUAAAGCAAUUAUUUUGCUAUUUCCAAUAUCGGAUAAUUAUGAGAAGCAUAGAGCACAAGAGCAUGAACACUUAGCUGCAGAUCCCGGAACCUUUCCUGAUGAUCUUUUCUACAUGCGGCAACUGACUUCUAAUGCCUGUGGCACUGUUGCUAUUAUUCAUAGCGUAGCUAAUAACAAAAGCAUUUCACUCUGUGAUGGAAUACUGAAACAUUUUCUUGAGAGCGCUAAGAAUUUGACACCAGAAGAGCGUGGCAAAGCUUUGGAAAAUGAUAAAUCAUUUACGGAGGGCCAUUAUGAACUUGCUAACGAAGGUCAAACCGUUGCUAAUCCUGAUGAAAAAGUAAAUCACCAUUUUAUAUCAUUAGUUAAUCAGGGAGGCACAUUGUACGAAUUAGAUGGUCGAAAACAAUUUCCUAUCAAACACGGUUCGACUUCCGAUGCAACAUUUGUUCAAGACGCAGCUAAAGUCUGCAAAGGAUUCAUGGCUAGAGAUCCAGAAGAGAUGCGCUUCACGGUAAUGGCAUUAACCGCCUCCCAAAACUAAUUCACAAUUGUAUCAACAUACUUUAUAAAUAUGAACUUGUGUUCACGCUUUUCGCCAUAUUUCGUCAUAAUACCCAUUACACACAUACAAAUUUGAAAUAAGAUUUCUCGCUUUAAAUGUUAAUAUUAAAAUUGUAAUUGAAUUGCAUCGAUGUUAAUAAAAUUAUUGGAUACCAAAUUGCUUAUUAAAA